UUAUCUUGUUGAUAAAUUGAUAACACUUACCUAUAAAUGAAAACCCAAAAGCAUUGAACGGCUCGAACUGUGUCAUUGGAAUUCAACUAAGUUCGUCUAAUUUAUGUAAAUGAUCAUUAAUAGUUGCAAAAGUGGUUCGAUAUGUAUUGUAUUAAGGUGCCAGUCAGUAGUCGGUUAUGUGAGAACAUGUGUGCUUAAAUGGGAGCUUACGAUAUAGCGCUUCAAUAAAACUACUUAUAGAACAAGUAUAUAAGAAUGGGUUCGUAUUUUUAUCAUGCAAUUAACAUGGAUUAUGCUGAUUUUAUAACGGAAACUAGUCGGAAAAGCAGUGCUGUGCCAGAGGAAAACCCCGAGAUUAGUGAUUCAAGAUCGAACCCAAUCAAGACCGUUUCAAGGGUCUACUCGGAUGUGUUGUCAACCAAACCAAAGAAUUUCUACGAAUAUGAAAAUUUUGUUCCCAAAUACGAUGACAUCGACAACUACAGCCUGAUCAAAAAAAUCGGCAGUGGGAAAUACAGCGUAGUUUUUGAAGGUCUUCAUGAACCUAAAGGCGAACGAGUGGUUCUAAAGAUGUUGAAGCCAGUGAAGAAGAAAAAGGUUAAAAGAGAAAUAAAGAUCCUAGAAUGUCUUAGGGGAGGAGUAAAUAUAGUAAAUCUGCUGGCUGUUGUGGAGAUUCCAGCAAUGGAUCUCACCGCUUUAGUAUUCGGGCAAUUAGUAGUCAAUGAGGAUUUUAAGAAUAUUUAUCUCAAACUAUCAGAGGAGGAUACUCGGUUUUAUUUGCACGAAAUUUUAAAGGCUCUAGACUAUUGCCACUCCAAUGGCAUAAUGCAUAGAGAUGUAAAACCCCAUAAUCUAAUAGUUGACCAAGAAAAUCGCAAAAUUCGCCUGAUUGAUUGGGGGCUGGCAGACUUUUAUCAUCCAGGACAAGAAUACAAUGUUAGAGUGGCUUCCAGGUACUUCAAAGGGCCGGAAUUGCUUGUCGACUAUGGGUAUUAUGACUAUUCUUUGGACAUUUGGGGCUUUGGGUGUGUACUCGCCUCGAUGAUGUUUAGAAAAGAACCAUUUUUCCACGGCAAUGAUAAUCAUGAUCAACUACUAAGGAUUGUCAAGGUUCUAGGUACUUCAGAACUGAAUAGUUACCUGAAGAAAUACAACAUCCAGCUGGUAACAGCUUUGCAGCAUCUGUUGGGCUAUCAUACGCGAAAAUCGUGGCAAAGAUUCGUCAACACGGAAAACGAGUAUUUAGUGGACAGUAAUGGGCUUGAUUUAUUGGAAAACUGCUUGAAAAUCGAUCAUAUGGAGAGGAUUUCGGCUAAGGAAGCCCUCAAGCAUAAGUAUUUUGCAAAAGUGCGAAAAAGGAGCGGUUGCGAGCUGGGAAAUCAGAGCCUCCACGUGGCCGCAAGUUGUGAUAACGCCUAGGAAUUUUUCAAGGAAUCAAAUAAGUUUCUUUUAUUUUGCCGUUUUUUCUUAAGAAUAUAUAAUAUACGUUGCAGUGUAAAGACAGAAUGUUCUUUUGUUUAGUGGAAAUAAAAAGUUUUAGUUUUUUCUAAUAAA